UCUCACAUGGUUGGACUGAGUGUGUUGUGGAGUUCUGAGAUACUAGAGACACAGAGACACACAGGAUUAUGGCUUGUACUGAGAGGAGACAUUACCUGUAUGAACUGAGCUAGGAGACAUUCAAACCACUGAUGAUUGGAUACUUUAUUGCAAAAACGAAAACGGACCUAGACUCUACCCCUGAGAUGCUGAAACUAAACAGUGCAUAAAAGUUUCUGAGUGUACUGAGCACAUGAAUAUUAAAUGAGGGAAAACUGCCUUAGGACUGAUGAUGAGGACCAUGAGGUCUAUAAAUAGAAGCAUCCAGUUGUGGAAAUUAAUCUGAUCUGUUGGUUCUGCCUCAGACAUUAAGCCAUGGGGAACGUGGAGAGCCAAAAUGGAGACCACACCUACUACUGUGAGGGGCAGGGCCACCUCUCACGAAAGCACAUGACCAGAUCCCUUCGCAUCAACAAGCAGUCUCCGCAAUCACGUCACACCUUGUCCAGCAAGUCUGAGCACCGCAACUCUGAGACCAGCACGAGAUCCAGCAGCACCCCUUCCAUCCCCCAAUCCCUGACCGAAAAUGGUCUGGAACCCUUCAACGAGACCGAUGCUCUGGAGGGCUAUGGAGGAACCAUUUGGGUGGACCGGGUGGCCAUGAACUUGCAGCCAGUGUCCUUUCACGACCCCACCACCACGCCAGGCUCUGAAGAUGGAGUGGAGAUGGACACAGUGGUCCCAGAGAAUUGUGAUGAUAAGGGACUAUUCACAAGUGAGGACAUGCACCUUCAGAGAACCAGAGAUGGUCCUCGGGAGGGUGGCAGCUUCAAGAAGAAACGCUCCAAAUCUGCAGACAUGUGGAGAGAGGAUUCCAUGGAAUUCUCUCUGUCAGAUCUAAGCCAAGAGCAUCUGACCAGCACUGAGGAGAUUAUCAGGACAAACGAGGAUGACUGUGGAAGUCGACAUCGAACCUCCAGCCCACGGACGCUCGAAUCUCACUCCGGAGAGAAAGCAAACUCUUUGGAUGAACUUUGCACGGAAAGGCUACCUCCUCUUCGUGGCUCCCACCAUCUCUAUAACAGUCAUGAUCUCAAGGUGAUAGAAGGAGGUGUAAUGAACAGCGAGGUCUUGUCUCCUGUGGAGGAGGACGGGAACGGAUAUGGAGCUUACACGCUUCCCUGUCGUCGCUCUCACUGCCUGUCGGAAGGACUGUCCAAUCACCAGGCUCCCAUCUGCUCCCGUAUGCAGGGCCGGCGUGUGAAAACAACACAUGAUAUCACGGCAGCAGACGAGGGCAGUGAGUAUGGAGACAGCGGUAUUGACGGUGGCGCAGCUGAAGUCGAGCAUUCAUCGCGCCGUUGUAAGGCCAUGUCCGCGUCCUUCUCUGUCUACUCCACUGCUAGCGGGAGUAUCUUCGCAGGAAGUGACAGCAGCAGUAGUAGCGGAGGUGGAGGAGAUCGCGAGCACCAGCCAGGUGGAGAUCAGGGCAUUUAUGAGAACUUCCGGCAGGAACUGGACUUGAACUCAUGGCAGACCCGGGAAGAGGCCAGGUCGGCUGCUAGCGAUGAGAGGAGUAGCGGUACGCUCAGCUCCAUUUAUCCAUCAGACAUUCUGCUUAGCACGGUGCAGGGCACGGUGCGGAAGGCCGGCACGCUGGCCGUGAAGAACUUCCUGGUGCACAAGAAGAAUAAGAGGGUGGAGUCAGCUGCGAAAAGGAAGUGGAAACAGUACUGGGUGUCAGUCAAAGGAUGCACUCUAUUUUUCUACGAAACGGAUGGACGUUCAGGGAUCGACCACAACAGCAUUCACAAACAUGCCGUCUGGGUGGAGAACAGCAUUGUCCAGGCCGUCCCAGAGCAUCCCAAGAAAGACUUUGUGUUUUGCCUAAGCAAUGCACUGGGAGAUGCCUUCCUUUUCCAGACAUCAGGUCAAACAGAGUUGGAAAACUGGAUAACCGCCAUCCACUCAGCCUGCGCCACCGCCGUUGCACGCCAGCACCAUCGCGAGGACACGGUACGAUUGCUGCGUUCUGAAAUCAAGAAGCUUGAACAGAAGAUCGACAUGGAUGAGAAAAUGAAGAAAAUGGGCGAAAUGCAGCUCUCUGCUUUCACUGAUGCGAAGAAGAGGAAGACCAUCCUGGAGCAGAUAUUCCUCUGGGAGCAGAAUUUGGAGCAGUUUCAUAUGGACUUGUUCCGUUACCGUUGUUACCUGUCCAGUCUGCAGGGCGGUGAGCUUCCGAACCCAAAACGCCUACUGGCUGUUGCUUCCCGCCCCACCAAGCUGUCCAUGGGUCGUCUAGGCAUUUUUUCCGUAUCAUCCUUUCAUGCCCUGGUGGCAGCGAGGACGGAUGGUGGCAUUCGUAGACGUUCUCAGGCCCUGUCGCGUUCCUCCAGUAAACGAAAGAGUCGUUUCUCCUCCCUGUGGGGUUUGGACACUACCUCAAAAAAGAAAACCAAAGGCAGACCCAGCAUCAACCAGGUGUUUGUAGACAGUGAAGAGCCGGUUAAGAGAAGUCUUGAGCACAUGUUUGAGGACCCUGGAAAGGAGACUCUGAAGGAGCAAGAAGGUUCGGUUAAAAGCCUCCCCCAGCACAAGACGGACAGUGAAGUUUGGGUUCCAGACUACCUCACGCCAUCCUGGGUCUCUUUACCUGACGAUCAGCCCGUGUUGGCGAUCAUACAGCCUGGCGAGACAGCCAUGGAGGCCCUGGAGGCCCUCUGCAGGGCUCACAGACUGGAACUUUCUAAGCACUAUAUACGGUUGAAGUUCCUUGUUGACAAUCAAGUGCAAUUGUACGUCCCCAAACCCGAGGAAGACCUGUGUGACCUGCUCUACAAAGAGAUCGAAAUUUGUGCCAAAACAACCAAAGUCAUGCACUUUGAUAGAGAUGAGUCCUGUGCUAUCGGCUACGGGUUUUCUGUGGCUGUGGUCGAGGAGGAUGGAGGGCAGCAGCUUCAUAUCACAGAAGUGAAAGACAGAGGUCUGGCAUUCGCAAAAGGUCUGCGAGCAGGUGACGAGAUUCUGAAGUUGAACAGUAAGCAGGCGAGUGUGUUGGAACUGGCAGACAUGCAGGCUGCGUUCUCUCUGCCCUCUCUCACCCUCACUGUCAGCACGCUGCCCGCGACUGAUCCGCACCAGCUGUGCCAGCUUCCCCCCCGCCGAUCAGAUGGUGCCCAGGACCUCUGCACUGACAUCUUCUCCCAGAGCCAUGAGGACAUCCUGGAUGAAGGUGUUGGCCUGGUGCUGCACAGCCCAGAUGACACAGUGGAAGAUCGGGCCAGUCUAGCAGCCGAGAGCCCUGCUGACAGCCCGAAGGAUGAAACAGACUCGAGAUACAAGAGUACGGAGCAGAUGACCGCUUUCUGCCGUAACCUCCAUGACAUGAAUUCCACCGAGGGUCCUGUUUCCUGUAGUUCCUCUUCCUCCACGUCUUCCUUGCCCAGCCCCAUCUCACCACUGCCUGUUCUCUUCAACCCCCGCCAGCUCUCUGACGCAGAUAAACUCCGUAAGGUCAUCAGUGAGCUGGUUGACACUGAGAGGACCUAUGUUAAGGACCUGAACAUUCUGAUUGAGCGCUACCUGAACCCACUGCAGAAGGAGAGCUUCCUCUCACAGGAUGAGCUGGAUGUGCUUUUCGGGAACUUGGCGGAGAUGGUUGAGUUCCAAGUGGAGUUUCUCAAGACUCUGGAUGAUGGAACCAGAUUAAUUCCAGAUUUAGACAAACUGGAGAGAGUGGAUCAAUUCAAGAAAGUUUUGUUCUCUCUUGGCGGGUCCUUCCUGUACUAUGCAGACCGUUUUAAAAUCUACAGUGCAUUUUGUGCCAGCCACACAAAAGUGCCCAAGGUCCUCACUAAAGCUAAAACAGACCCAGAGUUCAAGGCGUUCCUAGCGGAGAGGAACCCCAGGCAGCAACACUCCUCCACACUGGAGUCCUACCUGAUCAAACCCAUUCAGAGAGUCUUAAAAUAUCCACUUCUGCUGAGAGAGCUUCAUUCUCUCACCGACCCUGACAGCGAGGAGCACUACCACCUGGAUGUUGCUAUGAAAGCCAUGAACAAAGUGGCAAGUCAUAUAAAUGAGAUGCAGAAGAUUCACGAGGAGUAUGGAGCUGUUUUUGACCAACUUAUCAGUGAGCAGAGCUCUGACAAGAAAGAGGUUGCUGAUCUGUCAAUGGGUGACCUCUUACUGCAUGACACAGUGGUCUUGAUCAACCCACCCUCUUCCCUUAUGAAGGGGAAGAGAGACCCAGAGCUGGCUGCUUUCGUUUUCAAAACGGCAGUUGUUUUUGUGUAUAAAGACUGCUCCAAGCACAAGAAAAAAAUCGGUGGAUCUCACAGAGCAUCAGUCCUUGAUGAGAGAGACCUGUUUCGUUUUAGACACAUGAUCUCUACCGAUGCUCUCCAAGUUCGCAACCUGCCUAAUUCAGAUGGGUCAGCGAUGUGUGAGAUUGUUCACCUGAGGUCAGAAUCUGAAGGGAGACCUGAGAGGACAUUUCAUAUCUGCUGCAGCUCUCCAGAGAGUAAAAAAGACUUCCUGAAGACAGUUCAUUCCAUCCUGAGGGACAAACAACGCCGGCAGUUAAUGAAGACCGAGAGUUUACCUCCGAAUCAGCAGUAUAUUCCCUUCGGAGGGAAACGGCUUUGUGCUCUAAAAGGAUCACGACCCACCAUGAACAGGGCGGUUUCAGCCCCAUCUCGAACUCUCGGCCGACGCAAGCUGAUCCGGAUCCGUUUCACCAUAGACACAGAUGUGGUUUUCGAUGAUGGCUCCACCCAAAACUUGUCACCCAUCACCCCAACAAAGUCCCCGCCAUCAAAGCUGUCCCCUUCACUCCAGAAACCUCAACAGCCAAUCAGAGACACCGACCGCUGGGUGGAGGACCAGUUUGACCUGCAGCAGUACGAGAAUGAGGGUGACGUAAAAGAGACAGACAUUCUCAGCGACGACGACGAGUACUGCAAAUCCGUCCGGGGCCCUUCUUCUGAGCCGAGCCUGGAGGAGUCUUUUGAGGCCCUCUGUGUGGAAGGAGAUGAAGAAAAAAAGGAAGACAAAGAUCUCAGUGGACUCUCGGAGGACAAGCUAUCCCCAAAAUCUCAUGCCCCUUUGAAGCUGACCCUUCUGAGAAAGCAGUGUGCAGUGGAGGGUGUCACCUCCGAGAGGGAUCAAGAGAUUAUUUGGGUUCGUAGAGACGAUUUCAGCAACAGCUGCAACAGUGACAUCUUCUGAGUGAAAAGAGAAUAGGACCGUUGUCGAGGGGGGCAAGCAGGCCUUGUGGAUUUAUGCGAGAGCCCUGAAAGGGAAUAAAAAGCAGUGAUGCUUUGUUUCUAGACUCGUGCAGCAAUAGACAAGCCUUACAUGAGAGAAUGGGGCAGAUUUCUUCCGAGUCUAAGCCUUCAUAGACACAAUGCACUGACAAUCAUUAUUUGAGAUAUUUCAAGCCACUGCACCCUAAUAGCAAUGCAGGCUACCUGCCUAUUGAGUCCACACAUCACAAGGAACGUUCACAGAAGCCCAAUGUACAGCCAAAGGCUUCACACUGACAUGGUGCCUGAUUUGCAUGUGCAGAUAACAGGCAGCUACACUUUCUUUUAGUUGAUUUUCUUGCCAAAAAAAUAAAAAAAAUACAUUUUAUUUUGUAAAAACAUAGGAAAAUGGGUCAAUAUUUUAAGUUUUGUCGAAUUGCUGUUCAGUUUGUGCUUCAUAUCACCUCCAGCCCUCUUUUUUUGAGGGAUUUGUGACUUAACAGUUGGAACAGUAUAAUCUUGCCAGCUCUUUGUAAUGUCUGCGCACAAGUGAUUUGUCGAGCACUGCAACAAAACUUUAGUAUUAUAUUCACUGGAAAUGUCACAACUGUUUCUAAUUAGCUAUUUAAAACCAUUCCUGUUACAAACCUGACAGUUCCUCGCUUUCUCUCUUUGUUUCCUUUUUUUCCACAGGUUAACCAGCAACCCAGUAUUAAAGAAUGUUGCUCUCUCAACAAAUACAAAAAAAGUUUCUCUGCUUAAAUUUUAAAGAACUGCAAUAAUGUAAUUCAGGUUUUUAGGUUAUGAAAUUAAACUGCACAUAAAGCUCUCUCAUCCAUUUAGAUGUAUAAAUUAAGGCUUUAUAAAUCGGAAUACCCCUACAAAGUGAAACUCGCCAGCGGAUCAUGUUGCAGAUGUUGUUCUUUCGUAAUGAAUUUAUUGCACUGAGAAUGAAAUUGAGGAGUUUAAACCUUUUGUAAGACUUUGUACUGUACAUUAGUAAUGGUAGGUUUGACAUGGAAUGCCCUAAAAAAAAUCCCCAUGCCUGAAUAUUUUACACAUUAAAAACGCCCAUUCACUUGUGAAAUGCAAUCACUUUUCCUUCAGCCAUGAGACCUUUUUGAGUGAUUUAAAAAUUGUUGUGUUGUAUUUAAAACAAAAAAGUAAAAACUUCUUUGCUUUUACCCUAUGCCUUUUUGAGACUGCGUAUGUUCAUACUGUGGAAAUAAUUAUUAGCCUAAAAUAAAUUUUCCUAAUUUAAAUUUGUAGUUUUUUGCAACUUAUAACUUUUGUAUGUGGUCUGUCAACAAGACACCAAUUGUGGUGUUUCAAAUAAAGUUUGGUGUGACUCUGAA